CAACCUCGAAAUUGACGUCAAAAUAUUGUUUGUGUUGGGAAAUAAAAAUGUUUUAUAACAGAUACUACGAAUAAUAUUCCUUUAUCUGAUACUAAAUAAGAAUAUUUAUUGAAAUCUUAGUUCCCUAGCAUAUUUAAAAUCAUAAAAAAUACAGCAAUGGACUUUACAAAAAUGUGUCGAAUUUGCCUCGAAUCUAACAAAAUAACAUACGACAUUUACUCAAGCUAUUACGCUAAAAGAAAUACCCUGUACUGUGAAAUGCUGUCUAAUUGCACUAAGCUAAAGCCUACCAAAGAUGAUGGUCUACCUAGCUCAAUCUGUAAGGAAUGUAGCCGACAAUUGAAACGAUCAUACGCAUUUAAUCUUAAAUGCGAGGAGAGCGACAACAAACUUAGAGACUACAUAGAAAGCAUUAAUGAUAUAAAGGAUGAUAACAAAAGUAAAUUAAAUAAGGAACAUUUAGAACUAAAAACAGAAGCAGAAGAAGUGAAAAAUGAAGAUAUGGAUGUCAAAGUUGAGGCGGACACAGUAUGCAAUGUAAUAAACGAAAUUUUUGAGAAUACUGAGCAUGAUUUGAAGGAUGAUAUUAAACUUGAGGUGACCUGUAAUGAAUAUGACAAUGGUAAUGACAGUGACUGGGAUGCAGACGAUGACAACAUGCUUUUAGGAGACCUGCAGCUGAAGAAGAAGGCUAAAGAUUUUACCAUAGAAGAAGAAAAACCCAAAAAGAGAAGAGGACGAAAAAAACGGAUCGACCUGGAGCACCAACUGCCAGAAAGCAAACUGCCACACCAAUGCGACAUCUGUGGCAAGUUCCUUAGUACCAAGAGCAACUUGAAGGCGCACAAGAUUUGCCACACAGACCUGCGGCCGUACAAGUGCGCCGACUGUCCUGCCACAUUCAGAGGGUACAGUGCACUGUUCCAGCACAAGAAAGUGCACACACGAGAGAUGCCAUACCACUGCGAAUACUGCCCGAAGCAGUUCAGCCGACGCACCGGCCUCGUCAACCACAUCCGGAUGCACAAAGGCGAGAAACUCUUUAGCUGCGAUGUAUGUUUCAAGAACUUUGUGCAGAGCGCGCAACUCUCCAUUCACAUGAAGAGACACAAAGGGGACAAAACAUAUCUGUGCCAGGAAUGUGGGAAAGGGUUCCCAAUAAAAGCGGACUUGAGGGUUCACCAACGAAUACACAAUGGAGAGAAGCCUUACUCGUGUCAUCUCUGUACUAAAACGUUUGCUACCUCUGGAAACCUAUCCAUACAUGUCAGAAUACAUAAUAAGGAAGUUAGGUACCGCUGUAAAGAAUGCAGCCGCGGCUUCGUAACUUGCAGCGCCUACAACGUGCACCUCAAGCGACACAAAGGCCAGAGAGACUAUCACUGCGAGUGCGGCAAGACCUUCUACACGUCAUCCGCCUUGAAACAACACAAGGUAGUCCACACAGGCGAAAAGAAAUACCAAUGCAAGAUAUGUGACCGAAAAUUCUCACAGACCAGCCAUCUCAGUCGCCACUUCAAGAGAGACCACGCGAAGCCCAACAUGCCUAUACCGUCGUCAGACCAUUAUAAGAUUGUUAUAAAUAACGAUGACAAGUCUUUCAUGUUUGACGUGUCGGCCAACGCGAGUCAGGGGGUGAAGUGUGAGGGGUCAUAGUGAAGAGACUAACUAAGUAGUAUACAAGAAAUAUGUCAAUAGUCAAGUUACUUUCACGAUUUUUUCACGUGUGUCUAAAAAACGCGGUGUAUUUAUGUAGGCCCUAAAACACGCCCACAGCUGUUUGGUCCACACUCUGAAUCUUAUUAUUCUUUUGUUGAAAGAAUAUCUUUGUAUAUAAUUUACAAAAGUACAAUUAUUUAUUGAUUGAAUCAUUCUAGUGUUUGUUUUGUGGAUAUUUUUAUCUAGAUUAAGUCACGAGGAUUACUAACAAUGUUUUGUAACAAAUGUAAAUAAAUCGAUUAUUUUGUCA